AUGACUUUGGAUCUAGUCCAGGCUGAUGUUGCAGCCUGGCAGCAAAGGCACUCGCAUAGCCUCGAACUGAAGACCGAGGACGAGAAUUCGCAAGAAUUACAAUCCCUGAUUGAGAAGCUACCUGGACUCGUUAGGCCUAUCGAUUGGGAUGUUCCAGCAGACGAUGGAAUCACUGCAGCAGCGGAAUGGGUUGUCUGCGGGAGCGAGACUGUCAAUGGCCGCAAUGCAGUCAUCAAGUUCUACUUUGGUGCGGCGAACAGGCCAGGCUCAGAGCCAUUCGAUGCUCUCAAGGACUGGGAAAGCGCCGUGAGGGCAUCUGUUCCGGAGGGCGCAUCUGGUCACGUCAACAUGGGCCUGCUUCGUAGAAGUUACGAAUUUGUCGACCCUUGCGGCUCAAAGAGACGUUUGUCUCUGGGAGAAUUCAGAGACGCUCUUAAUGCUGACAUCAAUACCAGCAUACCUAGUAAGGACAGAUAG